UCAGCUGCGAUGACGAAUGAUUUGUUGACAAAGGUAUGAAAUAAAAAUUGUGCUCUUGAAAAUGAUUUCGUCAUAAUUGCAAAAGACUUUUAAUAAUAUAGUUGUGUGAAACAGUGUGAAAACUUGUGGUUAAUAAUUCGCUUCCUGUUAAAAAACUAUUAUUUUGAACAAUAUUUUACGUAUUUCAUAAUUCAUUACAAUGGAAUUCCCGCAUGUUGGAAGAAACUGUUCCUACAAAACAUGUAACAAAUUAGAUUUCCUGCCAAUGAAAUGUGAUGCAUGCAGAGAAGUUUAUUGUUCAGACCACUUUGCCUACGUGAAACACGAGUGCCCAGCACCCAACUCCAGAGAUGUGCAAGUACCCGAGUGUCCCUUGUGUGGGUCUCCAGUGCCUGGCAAGAGAGGGGAGCCCCCAGACGUAGCAGUGGGCGCUCACAUAGACAACCAGUGCACGUCUGAUCCAGCUAGGGAGAGGAGAAAAAAGGUGUUCACAAACCGCUGUUCGCUCAAGGGCUGCAAGACGAAGGAGAUGGUCCCGCUGGUGUGCGGCGAGUGCGCGCUCAACUACUGCCUGCGCCACCGCCACACUGCCGACCACCACUGCGACGGCAAGCUCGGCGCUAAGAAGAGGCAGUUCGCGAAUGCAGCAAUGGCGCGUCUAAAGCAAACUGAGAUGAACAAACCAAAUAGGACGCCCGUCGCUGCCGUUCCGAGCUUUGCAGCGGUGCAGGGAACUAUGUCUGAAGACGAGGCUUUAGCGCGCGCACUGGCUCUAUCCAUGCAAGAGCAGAGCUCAUCCGGCUCCAGAGAGUCCAGCAUCAUCCGCGAGAUGGCGCGCCAGAGGGUGGGCGGGGAACAGAACUCACGAUGCAGUGUGUCUUAGCGAUACUUGACAGAUAACAAUUUAGGCCAGAACUGCCCCUGUAGCCAAGUAACACGUCGAUUCUCUUUCUACUAUCGCGAACGCUUCGAAAACUAGAAAAAUACAUGGGAAUGGCUUUUGCUAUCGACAGAUCACGUGAUCAAGAUCAGCUGGCCUAUUUCCUAUUUUGGUUUUUAUUAUCAACCCUUCAAAAUAAAUCAAUUGACAAACUGUGAUACAAAUUACAAUAGUCAUCCGGUACUUACGGUGUAUAUCAUAUGUAGAUGACACUUUGUUGUCCACUUCAGUAAGUUGAUAAUAAAGACCAAAAUGGUGAAUCAGGCACUGGACUGGGCUACAGGGGUUGUUCUUUAAAUCAAAUAAGCCAUAUGGCAAAAUUUUGACGUGCGAUUUCAAUUGUCCUAAUUUAUAUAACAACCAAUCACAUGUAACGCAGUUCUCAAAAAAUAGUUUCUUGUUUCGCUUUCACUGAGCAUCCACAUUCAGAAUAUCACGAAAACACAAUUCAAUAGAAUAUUUAAUUUUAAUAGCCAAAUUAUAACGUUGAAAAGCGUUAUGGAGUGUUUUUUUUAUAAACGAUCAAACAUGUCUGACAAACUUGCUUGUCAAACUGACUUCUCAGUCAAAAAAAGCAAUGUUUGACAAACGUUUCAAACACAGCCGCACAUAAUAAAAAUUGUUUGACGGACAAGUUUUACCGUUCACUAAGUGACAUCCUGCCUCUGUAAAAUUUUAAAUGCCUAUAUCUCCUAUAACAUUCUGCAUGCUUUGCUGUUUUUGUCAUUUUUUUUUAUUAUUUACAAGUAAGCCCUUGACUACAAUCUCACCUGAUGGUAAGUGAUGGAGCAGUCUAAGAUGGAAGCGGGCUAACUUGUCAAGAGGAUGAUGAAAAUCCACACCCCUUUCGGUUUCUACACGGCAUCGUACCGGAACGCUAAAUCGCUUGGCGGUACGUCUUAGCCGGUAGGGUGUUAACUAGCCACGGCCGAAGCCUCCCACCAGCCAGACCUGGGCAAAUUAAGAAAAUCUCAAUCUGCCCAGCCGGGGAUCGAACCCAGGACCUCCGCUUUGUAAAUCACCGCUACCGCAUACCACUGCGAAAUAUUUAAUAUCAAAGCAAAGGAUUCUAAGAUUAACGAGCGAAGCUUCAAUAAUUAAAUCCUGAGUAAAGAUACUAAAGUCCGGCUGCUCAAAGAUUGCGUUUCUGACAAUUGCCUCGUUAUUUUGUCUCAUCACUACAAAGACAAACAGUUGGCAUGACCUCGAAGUUACAAUGCCCAUUCUAUCACGACCUCUCAAAAACGCAAUCUCUGAGCGGCCGGACUUUAGUCAUUAGUUAGACAGGUUAACUCUGAGCGGCCGGACUUUAUACACUAGUGAGACAACCAUCGCAAGAAAACCAUUUGAAAUCACAUGACGUUCGAAAAUAGAAUUUUACGCCCCGAUUUCGAACUAUAUUGAAAGUUUACCAAGAAAUUGAUUUUGCAGGUAGUUCCCAUAUAAUUUGGUAUUUUAUAUGGACUACUAGCUUUUGCAAAAAUCAACUAUUGUAUUUUAAACUAAUUUUUUUUCAUAAGUUUUACUCACUUGAUUUACUUUUUAAAAUUAAGAUACAUAAUCUAUGUUCAUUUAAAUGCGGUAGUAUAUUCAGAGAAAUUAGCUAUAAUGUGGCUGUUGAAUCGUACAAAUAUUAACUAAAACCCGGCCGCUCAGUUAUUGCGUUUCAUACAUAAGUGUGAAUGGGACAAACAAAUUCAAUUACAUUUGCCUUGUUUUUGUCUGUCUCUCUUAUGUUACAUCGCCCAUCACGACCUGCCAGAAACGCAAUCACUGAGCGGCCGGACAUAAAACAACAGUAAACACAAUCAGCUGGUUAGUAAAUUUUUAAUAUUCUCCUGAAGUGUAUUAAUAGAUAGGUCAUAAUGUCCACAGACAAUGCUUUAAAGUUGCACAUAAUAUAAUGUAUUGACACUUAACAUCAAGUGUGUACAAUAAAGAUUAGUUUGUAAGUAUUGAAAUGUUAAUAAAAUUAAAAAUAUUAUUCAUUAUGUAGCUUUUUUAUGUAAUUCUUUAUGUUAAUUCGUGACUUUGUUAUAACUUGAUAAAUAACAAUAAAAUAGAUAAACAGUUAAUCUCGAAUAUAUUUGUCAGAAUAUGCCCACGUAUUCUAAACCAAAUGGGAUCUUUAAUCAUGGAUUUGUUAAUGGCACGCCGUGUACACAUAACUGGUUUAUCUAUUUCAUUAAUAUGGAAACCACUCACGUUCGUUUAUGAUUCAGAAAUAAAAUAAAUUUGUUAUUCCACG